AUGUCGUCAGAUUCGGGUACGAUGUAUUCAGCAGCUUCCGACGACGAGAGCAGUCAACAUGGCAGUCACGGUAUAUCUUAUACGGAGCUAGCUGAUAUUGUGGCUCAGAUGGAUCAUCUCAACCUGGACCCAAAACAACAAGGCCGUGACGAGGUCUUGUCCAGCCCUCUUCUCACAGUGCCCGUCAUCAAUACAUCCCCUCCUUCGCAAUACGGUCUCUUCGGUAUAAGCCUCUCCGAGGAUUCGCUCGCCACUGGGGUUACCAGAGUGGAUUCCAGAAUCUUUCACAACGUAGCCUGUCCCUCGAGCGUGUUCAUAUGCGGUAGUCAAGGUUCCGGAAAGAGCAACACGCUAGCAUGUCUUCUGGAGAACAGCUUACUCCCUAGCUACUUGGGCAAGUUGACUCUCCCCCUCACUGGAAUUAUCUUCCACUACGACAGCUUCAUUUCGGACUCGGGUGGUCUCCCGUGCGAGGCAGCUUUCCUUGCAUCCAACAAGGACGUUUCAAGAAUCUACAGCGGCAUUUCAAAUCUCAAGAUUGAGCCUUUGAGGCUCAGCGACCGAGACCUCAACACCAAGCGCAUGAAUGACCUGAUGGCAGUUGGAGAGGGCACCAUGCCACUGUACAUGCACGUUAUCAAUCGGAUCUUGCGAGAGAUGCGCAUUGAGCAGCAGAACCUUGGCAUCCCUUUCAAGUACAAAACCUUCAAGAAGCGUUUGAGCGAGGCAGACUUGACCCCAGCACAGAGAAGUCCAUUGAGUCAGCGCCUUGAUACGCUUGAAAGCUUCAUGUUGGGAGGCACGGGUAAGGCUACCAGGACUAGUAUCGACUGGACGCCUAAGUCGGGUCAACUGACCGUCGUUGAUUUGUCUUGCCCGUGUGUUACGCCAGAGCUGGCCUGCUCUCUAUUCAACAUCUGCCUGUCCCUCUUCCUGAAGCAGCAAUCUCCCGUUGGAAAGGUGGUUGCUCUUGAUGAGGCGCACAAGUACAUGAAAGAAUCCGAUGAGAGUCAGACUCUCACCAACUCAUUGCUGGAAACCAUCCGCCUGCAGCGCCAUCUUGGCGUCCGAGUCUUCAUCUCAACUCAAGAGCCCACGGUUUCUACCAAGCUUCUCGACCUGUGUUCCAUGACGAUUGUACAUCGAUUCACCUCACCCGACUGGCUUCGGACCUUACGCCAACACUUGGCUGGUGUCUCUUCCAUGUCGGUGACGAUGGCCGGUGAGGAAGAGUCAAGUCAUGCAGUUGCGCCCAUCGCAGUGGGAACAAAAGAUCCUGCGUUGGAGCUCUUUGGUAUGAUCGUGUCUCUGCACACUGGACAGGCACUUGUAUUUGCUCCGAGCACGGUUCUUGGCUUACGGAAUGAGCGGAAUGUAGUUGUCCUGCAGCGACUAGCUCAUCGGGCUCUUCGUAUCAAGGUUCGGUCCCGCCUGACCAAAGACGGGGGAAAGACUGUCAUGGCCUGA